UUUGAGCAGCUUCCUGUUACUUUCCGCUCUUCCUUUUACCGGAUUGAUGAACCGAAUCAGAUCAAACGACCUCUACAGAGAGAGAGAGAGAGUCAAUCCUCCCAAGGGAGAAGACGAAGAUCCGGCUCCGAGGAGUCAACAUGGAGAUCGAUAGCCACCUCCUGCGCCUGUGCAUCGAAUCCGCUUGCCGGAGCGCGGAGGCCGUCGAGAGGUGGCGGAUGCAGCGGCGGACCCUGGAGCGGCUGCCGUCCCCGCUCGCCGACGCCCUCCUCCGCCGCCUCCUGCAGCGGCGCCUGCUCUCCCCGUCGUUGCUCGAGGUAUUCAAAAGCUGUGUUGAGGACGUUGAUUUAAGAGGGGAGAUCUCCGUGGAUGCAGAAUGGAUGGCAUACUUGGGAGGAUUCCGUUAUUUGCGCUGUUUGAAUGUCGCAGAUUGCCAUAGAAUUACCAGUUCUGCUCUUUGGGCCAUUUCAGGAAUGGCUAAUUUGAAGGAGGUGAACCUCUCCAGAUGUGUGAAGGUCACCGAUGCUGGCAUUCGGCAUCUUCUGUCUAUCUCAACUCUGGAAAAGCUGAGGGUUUCAGAAACUGGUCUCACGGCAGAUGGUAUUGCGCUUUUGUCUUCCCUUUCAAACUUGUCAGUGCUGGACUUGGGUGGCUUGCCUGUCAGUGACAAGGCUUUGGAUUCGCUUCAGGUACUGACAAAACUCCAGCAUCUUGACCUCUGGGGGAGCGACUUAUCAGACAACGGGGUUAUUCUUCUUGAAAAUUUCCCUAGAUUGAGUUUCCUGAGUUUGGCAUGGACCAAGGUGACGACAUUGCCAAACCUGUUCUCUCUUGAAUGCCUUAACAUGAGUAACUGCACAAUUAAAUCCAUUGGAGGAACUGGUGAUAAAGCCCCUCUGGCAAAGCUUCAAAUUGCUGGAGCUACAUUGCUAAAUGAAGCCGAAACCUUUAUGCAUCUUGAACCAAGCUUCUUGACUUUUCUAGAUGCUUCUCACACUCGCAUUCCCAAAUUUUACUUCUUAUCUUCCAUGAAAUCAUUGGAGUGCUUGGACCUCAGUUCUAGUGGAAUUGGAGAUGACUCAGUUGAACUAAUUGCUGAGAUAGGAGCCAACCUGAGAAAUUUGAAUCUCAACAACACACGAGUGACUUCUUCAGGUGUGAGAAUCCUGGCACGACAUGUUCCAAAUCUGGAGAUUUUAUCACUUUCUCAUACAUCAGUUGACGAUAUUGCCAUUGCCUAUAUCAGUGUGAUGCCUAAAUUAAAGGCUAUUGACUUAAGCCACACAAACGUUAAAGGCUUCAUUGACUACGGAGAUGCUGAACCAGAUAAGUUUUAUUCUUUGACGGCUCUGCAAAGUCUUAGUUUAGAAAGAUUAAACUUGGAGCAGAUCCAUUUCCAGGAUGAUGCUCUCUGCUCUUUACCGGACUUUCCAGAGUUGAGGCACUUGUUCCUUCAAAGUGGCCACCUUACUGACUUGUCCCUUCACCACUGGUCAUCCCUCUGUCGCCUGAAAUCUCUCGGCUUUCGUGAUGCCGUGCUGACGAAUCAUGGGCUUGAUUCAUUUAAACCUCCGGCAACACUGGAACUGUUGGAUCUGAGAGGUUGCUGGCUUUUAACGGAGGAGGCCAUGUUGUUAUUUCAUAGAAGACAUCCGCAGAUCGAGUUGAAGCACGAACUUAUUAAUAUCGCAGCUUCAGACCAUCCCCCCUGUAAUUUUCCAUCUAAAUCACAGUUUAGUAGGAGAACUCCGCUGGUGAAUAUUAACUUGGAAAAGCUGUGCUUGUCCCCAACUUUUGGAGAUCAAAGGUUGAAAUAUAACAGAGAAGAGUUGCUAGCAUUGCGGAACUCAACUCUGUCUCUUCGGCUGAAUAAUAGAGACGAUGCAAUUUUCAAGAUGCCGAUGGAUUGAAGCCUAGAUUGUCGCUCUCGACUGCUGUUAUUCCGUCACUAAAUCGUAGGAACUUCCUCAGUAACAGAGAUGAAAUUGACAAAAAAUUCCAGGGUCCUCAUUUGCAUGCUUGUGAUUUUGGCCUUUAAUACCACGUGAAAAACAAAGGAGGAAGGAUCGAUGGUUCGCCCAACGUUUCGGCAAUGAACAGUUGAGAAUGGCAUGGCCCUUCUAAUUGCGCACGUUUUUCCAUUUGCUUUCGCUAUAGCUUAUUUGGAUUAUUGACGCCGCUUCCUCUUCUAGGGAAGCACCAAUUUUCAGACAGAUUUA